AUAGCUGAACCAUCUAGAACCAAGUUGCUACCAGAUCCUUUAGAAUACCCUUAUCAUCAACCACGCUAUACACUGGUGUUAGAAAUGACUGAUGUUCUAGUCCAUCCUGACUGGGGGCUGAAUACAGGCUGGAGAUUUAAGAAAAGAAAGGGUAUAGAAUAUUUUUUAUCGAAAGCUGGUCCACCAUUGUUUGAAGUAGUAAUAUAUUCAGCAGAGAAUGGUUUUACUGCUGAUCAUAUAGUAAACAAUCUAGAUCCACAAGGUUAUAUCACCUACAGAUUAUAUAGAGAUACUACAAAAUAUAAAAAAGGUGUUCAUAUAAAGGAUUUGGACUGUUUAAAUAGAGAUUUAUCUAAAGUUAUUAUGGUAGAUAGUAAUCUAGAUUCUGUUCAGCUGCACAGAAAUAAUUCUUUAAUAAUUAAACCAUGGAAAGGAGAAGAAGAUACAGUAUUAUAUGAUCUUGGAAAUUUCCUCCAUACUGUAGCAUCCAGUGGUGUAGAAGAUGUUAGAACUGUGUUAGAAUAUUAUCAACAAUUUGAUGAUCCUAUAGCUGUAUUUAAAGAAAAUCUAAAACGUCUUCAGGUAAAACAUUUUACUUUACAAGGUAAUUCACUUGAAAUCAAUCUAUCUGUAACACUUUACAAAAUGAAAAUCAAACAUUGGGCUAGUCUACAAUUACACAUUCACCUGCAUCAGCUUUAA